AUGAUAUCACUUCGUCAUGUUGCUCAACGAAGUAGUCGUCGACUAUCCUCUUCUACUGGGAUCACAAAACGAGCCUUGGCGACAUCAAGACAAAAGAGGGCCCUGAAUGAACAACAAUUGGGCGAGUCCAAAACUGCUUCAUCUGGAGGAACUCCACCUCCUCCACCACCGGGGGCAUCCUCAAGCAGCAGCGGGUCCAGUGGCAGCAGCAUGCCGUUGGUUGCUGCCGUAGUCGUUGCUGGAGGUGCUUUCGGUGCAUAUUACAUGGAUAUGAUUCCUGGACUUUCUCCUACAGAUCCGUCGUAUGUUAGUAAGAAAGAGGCCCCCUCCAAUAAGCCAAAACCAGCUGCCAAGGAGGCUAUGCCAGUGCAGACGGAGGAAAAGAAGGAUGCUGUCAAGGAAGCCGAAUCUGAAGGCACUCCCGUAGUUUCAGAAGUUUCAGAACCAGUUGGAAAUCGUGUCAUGGACAUCACCUUGCCAGAAGGUACUUCGCGCUCUGCCCCUCCCGCACCUGUCAUGGAUCACCCCACAGGAGGCAACCGCGUCAGUAUGAAGCCCGCCGCACCAGAGGAUGAAAGCAAGGCACACAGCGUUCCUUCCUCGGUCGACAAAGCCUUGAAAGAGUUGCAACAACAAAUCUCCAAGGAUGACACUGCUCGAUCGCUUCUCGAGGCACACAAGGAUUUGGCCUUGUUGGCCUCGAUGGAUUUGAGUGAUCUCGAUGAGUUGUCCAUGACCCAACUCAAGGUGCGGUUAGUGCAAUUGUCCAAGGAUAUGGAGGAACGAACCAAAUGGGAGGCAGUACGACUCAAGGAGUUCCUUGCCAUGAAGGAGAAGGAAGUGGAAGACAAGUACACCUUGAUUUUGAAGAGGCAACGGCUCGAAGCAGAGAGCCUCAUGGACGAGCGAAUGAAUGAGCAAAAGGGUGCUCUAACAAAACAAGCUGCUGAAACCUUGAAGGAAAAGGAAGAAGCUUUGCAAUCCAUCAUUGACAACUCACUCAAAAUACAAGAACAACAUUAUUUAGAUGAAAAGGCAAACUUUGAAAAGCUAACAGAGGAAAAGUACAACGCCAAGUACGAAGAACUCUACGGUACCUCCCUUGCGAAGGUCAAGGAAGAAUACACAAUCAAAAUGGAGCAAAAAGUACAAAAGCUUGAAGCAUUGGCCAAAAAGGUUUCCGAUCUCGAAUUCGCUCUACAGUCAUCCACGGCGUACAAAUCUGGAUCAGUCCAAGCCCAUCGUAUGAGUGCAGCCGCAUUGGCCUUGAUUGAUAAGUUGGAAUCCUCAGAACCGGCAGGCGCAGCUGUAGCAGCACUGCAUUCUGUUGCCGAGAGCAAUCCAGUUGUGAAUGCUGCUAUUGGUGCUCUUCCCAAUACCGUUGCUUCUUCUGGGGUUUCAACUUUGCAAGAAUUGCAGACUACUUUUGAAGAAAUUGUUCAUCCCAAGUGUCGCCAAGCUGCCAUGAUCCCCGAAGGACAAACUGGUCUCGAAGGGCAGUUGAUGGGAAUGAUCUUCUCGAGCCUUCGCUUCGCGCCUGGUCCCGACGAUGCUGCUCCUGAACCGCAAAAGGAUGAUGCCGAAUAUGUCUUGGCACGUGCUCGUCGACAUGUCCAACUGGGAGAGCUGGAGCAAGCGGUUGAAGAAAUGGCGAAGCUCAAGGGCCAAGCAUCCUUCACGGCUAGUGACUGGACAAGUCAAGCGAAGGCGCGAGUGGCUGUCGAAAAGGCGCUCAAGGUGAUUCGAUUGGAAUGCGCCUUGGCUAACGAAGCCUUGGCAAAGGAUAAUUGA